CUCAAAUUCUUACGAGUCUUCCCAUUCUCUAUGCUUCAAAAAUCUCUCUAUAUAUGUAGUCCCAUGCUUAUCCUAAAUACUCACCUCAUCAUUUCUUCAAACCAAUGGCUUCACUUUCUUCGCUUCUUCUUCUCCUUCUUUCACUUUCACUUGUCCAUUUCACUCUAUCUAUCGGAGACACCCACAUCACCGAGAGAAAAUCCUUAGAAAUCAUCAUUGGAGGCGGUGGAAAUCCACCGCCGUCACCUUCACCAGAACCGGAACCUGAACCGGAAGAUUGCCCUCCUCCACCACCUCCUCCUCAAUGCCCUCCUCCACCACAACUUCCACCGCCCAAACCGCCCAAACCGCCGCAUCCACCGCAACAAAGGCCGCCAAAGCCGCCGGGGCAGCCACCGUUGCCGCUACUUGGCUUUGAGAGCCCACUACUAGAGAAAGUCUUUCCAGUCCUCCAAGCUUUCAAGAAACUAGUGACACACGAUCCAAUGCAUAUUCUUAAGACUUGGAACGGCCCCGACAUUUGCAACAAAUACCUCGGACUUGAAUGCGCAAUCUUCCCGAACACAACUGAUAAGGCACUCGCGAGCAUCCAGUUUAAUGGUUAUAACUUCGGUGGCAAGAAACUCGUGUUACAUAACUUCCUCAACAAGCUAAAUACAGUCACGAUCUUUCACGCAAACUCCAACAACUUCUUGGGCUCUGUUCCUGAAGUCACCAACUUAAAAUACUUAUUCGAGCUCGACCUAAGCCACAACAAACUCACAGGAGACUUCCCAGCUUCUGUCUUGAAAGCCAAAAAUCUCACGUUUCUUGAUCUCAGGUUCAAUACUUUCUCAGGCUGUGUUCCUCCUCAGGUCUUUAAUCUUGAUCUCGACGUCUUGUUCAUCAACAACAACAAUCUUGUUCAGAAGCUUCCAUCCAAUCUUGGCUCCAUCACUGCUCUUUAUCUCACAUUCGCCAACAACAGGUUCACGGGUCCAAUUCCAGCCAGCAUAGGCAACAUCAAGUUCCUACAAGAAGUCCUUUUCUUGAAUAACACUCUAACCGGGUGCUUACCAUACCAAAUUGGAAAGUUAAACCGAGCCACUGUUUUCGAUGUUGGAUUUAACCAGCUAACCGGUCUAAUACCAUACUCUUUCGGUUGUUUAGCCAAGAUAGAACAACUCAAUUUAGCCAGAAACAAAUUCUAUGGAACAAUACCAGAGAUUGUAUGCGAGCUUUCUUCUCUUAAAAACCUUUCUCUAUCCUAUAAUUACUUCACUCAGGCCGGUCCAAAAUGUAGAGAACUCAUCAAGAGAAGCAUUCUCGACGCUCGUAUGAACUGUAUAAUUGGUCUUCCAAACCAGAAAACGGCACAGGAAUGUGCUACCUUCUUCAUGCAUAGACAGACUUGUCCUGAUCCCAAGUCUAUGUAUCUGAUCCCAUGUGGUAAGAAUCCAAACGGCGUUAAACUGGAUCAAGAACGAUUGGAAGUGAAAGAAGCUCAAGCUUCUUCUCCGGUGUCUUACGGGGUACUUAACCCGGACGGGGUUCGGAACCGAUAACCUUUUCUAUAUCAUGUUAUAUAUGCUUAUAAUAUAUGGUUUGAUGUAUUUGUGGUUUCCAAGUACAAAUGAAUAAAUGCAUUGGUUGUGAAGUUA